AUGCUCACCUUUGGAUCGCAAGCUCGCAACGCACAGAUGGCGUACAACAAUUCUUUUGUGCACUUCGCCUCUGUUGUGGAUGGAUCUCGAAAGAACGUGCCACUGAACCGUGUCCGCGACGUUUGGGGCGUGGGCGCAGAGGCUCUGCUGGUGCGAAAUUUCCUUAGCGUGUUUAGUGUGAGGAGCUUCUCACCGUGGUUAAGGGAAAGAAUGCCAGACAUCCAGGGAAAGGUGGUGCUUUGUGAUGCAUUGGCCUCCUUGGCUGUAUGCACCAUUACAGCGCCGGUGCACCAAUUGUUCAACUUUCUUGCCACUACUCCAGAGGCGAGAUCACUGAGCUUUUCAGAACGAUCUGCUAUGGCGAGGAGGUUCCUUCGAGAGCAAUAUUUUGUGCCUUUGCCCCGGGAGGUGAUGAUUACUGCUGAUCUUAGCCAGCGGCCUCCAGAGCAGGAGUACAGUUGGAGGAUGUCUCCAGUGGCACUCCGUGACUUUGGGAUGCGCGCAACCUACAUCACGACCGUCAUGAGCCUGUUUGUGGCCAUCGAGAGAACUUUGUGUUCCGUGAUGAGAGAGAUGCGAUGA